GCUUCAUCCUCAUUAUUCACUACAAUCUCUCCAUCUCUUUCUUGGAAUCAUUUUCAUUUAGACAUGGAGAAAGAAGCAGCUCAAGAGAUACAGCUCCAAAUUAUAGAUCAAGAAGAUCAUGCAAAGACGACAAAUAAUCCCACAGAUGAAAAAAUUGAGAUUCCAACCGGCAGCCGCCACCGCCUCCUCCGGAUUGCGCUCUACUCCGUCUUUGUACUUGCUGGUCAGUCGGUAGCUAUACUGCUUGGAAGACUUUACUUUCAGGAAGGUGGAGGCAGCAAAUGGGUGGCAACCCUUGUGCAGGUCACCGGAUUCCCCAUUCUCAUUCCUUAUUACUUUCUUAAUCUCUCCAAUACCAGAAUUCUUGAUAAACCAAUUGAAACAGAGAAACCUUCUUUGGAAUGGGUUAUCUUUGUUUAUGUUUCCCUUGGACUGCUGGUUGCCGGGAUUUGCUUUAUGUAUGCAGUUGGGAUACAGAAACUUCCGGUGUCCACAGUGACACUCAUCUCUGCCUCCCAAUUGGGUUUCAACGCUUUCUUCUCCUACUUUCUCAACUCCCAAAAGUUCACUCCUUUUAUAAUCAACUCUUUAGUCCUCCUCACCGUCUCCUUCGUCCUCCUCGUCUUCCAACCCGACUCCGAGAAGGCUGCGGGAAUCUCCAAAGAGGAUUACACUGUCGGGUUUCUCUGUACCAUGGGGGGAACAGCAGGGGCCGGACUGCUUCUUGCUCUGCAGCAGGUCGUCUUCAGGAAAGUGAUUAAGGGUCAAACUUUUAAGACCAUAGUGGACUUGUCAAUCUACCAAGCCUUCUUCGCCACCGUGUUUGCCACGGUGGGGUUCUUCGCCAGCGGAGACUGGAAGGGAGUGAAAGCAGAGAUGGAGGGGUAUAAGCUGGGAAAGGUUUCUUAUGUCAUGACUCUGGUUUGGACGGCCAUAGGGUGGCAAAUGUUCGACGUGGGUGCGAUCGCGUUGAUUUUUGAGGUGUCUGCUCUCUUCUGCAACGCCAUAAGCGUGGUGGUGUUUCCUAUGGUUCCGAUCAUAGCCAUCUUCGACCAAAACCAUCAAGGCAUUUCACUGCAAUUUGAGCACCACCAGAUAAUAAGAAGCACAAUAAAAGAGGCUCCAAGAGUGGAUCCAAGUAUAACUCCCAUAUUCUGUCUUCUCCCUUUUUUAGAUGAAACUGGCUGUGGAGAAAUCGGUGCAGUUGAAUUCCCUUUAGGUAAAACUGGCGAUGGUGAUGGAGGAAUCUGUGGAGUUGGAGAAUUCUGAACCUUUAAAAAGAGAGAUUGAUUGAAAGAUGCAUCCACUUUCUUGAACGAUAAAGCUUGAGAUUUAAAAAAGCACAGGCCAGUUGAUGAGAUAUUACUAUCAUGUUCAUGUAUAAAAAGAGCAUACUUGC